AUGGAUGUGGGCGAUGCAAGCAGCGGAAAGUACGGGUAUGCAAUGAACCUCGUGCCGCCGGUUUCACUCACCGCGCCCCUCCUCAGCACCACGUUGACUCGCGAUAUCGGCCAUAGUGCGACCUGCGCCCGCCAGUUUGCUCCAACUGCGAGCGUCGAGGAGACCCACGAGUUAUUCCUCGCUCGGCACGACGUCCAGGAAGAGGUGUCCGACUUUCGGCCUCCCAUCACUUUUGAGCUUGCCCUCCAUUUCGACGCGCUGACGUCGUCCACCUUCGAUCUGCCGCAGACGCCAUCGAUUUGGCGCAAAGACCUGGUCCGACGGGCCGAAGGCCAGUCGUAUGUGCGGCAGAGCAGCCUCGCCCUGGCCGCUCUGCAUGUAAUCCAUCUCCGGCCGCUUCAAAGCGAUGCGCCAUUCCUUUACCGCAAAGCACAGGACUACCAGAACAGAGCGUCCGCCCUCUUCCGUCGCGGUGUUUCGGCGGUGAGCCAUGAAAACGGCCCCGCGGUCCUGGCGUUCUGUGUCAUGACUGCCAUGUUUCACGCUGCCUCGUCCCUGGUGGAGUAUGCGGCCGACGGGCAGCGAAGCAUGGACAUCCUCAGCCCUCUCCUGGCAUUCCGCAGUGGAGCUCUGUUGCUUGGCUCGUGUCGCGAGAUGACGAUUCAUCACGAAAGCCUAUCUGGAGCGCUGGGCCGAUUUGGGAGUGAUGUGACUCGCGCUUCGACGCCUUUGGGCCCGCAGAAGCAGGCGGCCCUCGACGCCCUCGAAAACGCGGUCCUGUGCAUUCACACGGCAGGCUACUCUACGCCCGCUACAGGGCGCGCAUUCCUGGUGCUACGCAAAAUGUUCACACUGUUUCCCGCGGCGCCCAAGGGCUGGCUUCACGUCAUCUUCUGGCCCGCCAUGGUCUCCGACGAGUACAUCGAUGAACUGCGAGAGGAGCAGCCUGCCGCGAUCAUCGCGUUCGUCUACUGGUGUGCUUACUUGAACAACUCCCUGCAGCAGUGGUAUCUUGAGGGGUGGCCACGAACCGCGGCGUUGCACAAGAUCACGAAGGUGGAGCAACGGUGGCACGACAUUCUGGCUUGGCCACGUGAGCGCCUCAACUUAUCAGAUCGAAGAGUCGGGGAAUGUGUUGUCAUCGGCAAUAGCACAUCCUGUGACAUCUAA